AUGCUGUUCUCACAAAAGCCGGUUUCUUGCAAACUGCGUCACAAGCAGGUUGGGCGGGCGGUGGUUGAUCAUGUGUUCAACAAUAUCCGUGUCAAAAAGAUUGCAGUCAACGACUUGGACAAGGCGAUAAUUUACAGCGUAGCAGACGCACGUUCCAAGGAUGUGUUCGAAUCGUCGAUGCUUACGUUCAGGGCCAAUCUCCCUCGGGCGUACCAGUACCUCGUCGACAUUCAACCUGGAAGCGAAGGAUGGGUUCAGUACAAGAUCAACGAUUUGGGGUUUGCGACGUUUGGGACAAAGACAUCGAGCGCAUCGGAAGAAACAACUCGUGGCCCGGGGUGUUGUAACACUUCUUACGUGGCAUUUGAAUAG